AUAAAUAAAAGAUGGAAGGAAAUUACUGGUCUGAGAAGGGGUUUUUCUUUUUCCCGUUUUGGAUCUUUAAAGUUAAUGACUCCAUAAUCAGAUCCGCUCUGUGUCUGUGAUAUACAAAAUACUCUUUCUUGAUUAAAUUGCUUUCUCCCUUCUUCUAGAUUUCUCUGCCUCUCCGGGCAAAAAGACGAUGGCGAUGAUGGUGAAGGCUAUUACGAUAUCAUUUUUGUUAGUUACAGUUCAGUUUCAAUUGCUGUUUGCUUUCCCAACCACAGUGCCUGCUUUUCUCUGGUCUUCCCAUCGCGAUCAUCGGUUCUCAAACAACAGAAUGGAUGUUGUCAAUUAUCAGACCAUUUCUUCAAGGGAUCUUGCCAGGUCCAUUCUGUCUGAAGGGGGCUGGUCAAAUUUACUGUGUUCAGAAAAGAAACUUCAGCAGCCUGUUGAUCUGGCACUUGUUUUUGUUGGUAGAGAGUUGCUGUCCUCAGAUAUUUCCACAAGCAAAAAUGUAGACCCUGCUCUAGUGAACUUGCUCAAGGCCUCUUUUACGAAGUCCAAUUUCUCCUUGGCAUUCCCAUAUGUUGCUGCAUCAGAGGGGGAGACAGUGGAGAAAUCAUUGGUUUCAGGUUUUGCAGAAACUUGUGGGCAGGAUUCAGGAAUAAAAAAUAUUGCCUUUUCAGAGUCAUGCUUUGUAGAAGGCGACAACUUUCAGAAGCUUGCAGACGUGCAUGCAGUUCAUGAUUUUCUGGUUUCAAAGAUGGAAAAGAGACCAAGUGAGCAAGCAGAUCUGGUUGUAUUCUGCAAUGCAGGCUCCUAUUCUGCAAAAGGACUUGAGCAACCACAAACUGAAAGUGAAAUUUUGUCUGAGCUUAUCAGUUCUGUGGAGACAUUGGGGGCAAAGUAUGAAGUACUCUAUAUUUCAGACCCAUUUCGAUCAGUCCAGUACCCUACUCAUCGAGAACUGGAAAGGUUUCUUGCUGAAAGUACUGCUGGAAAUGUAUCACUCAAUUCCACACAUUGUGAUGAAGUUUGCAAGAUCAAAUCAUCGCUUUUGGAGGGAGUUCUAGUUGGGAUCGUUUUGCUUAUCAUUUUAAUAUCAGGCCUUUGCUGUAUGAUGGGCAUUGAUACUCCAACAAAAUUUGAGACACCCCAGGAUUCUUAAUUGGUUUUCUGUGAGAUAGUACCCUUGUGUUAUGCACCGACGCCUCUGUUCCUGGCACUAGUAUAGCAGAUUAGUUGCUCUCAUAAUCUAUUCUUAUUGAACAGAAAUGUUGCCUUGUGAUUUUAGUCCACUUGGUAAGGGCAUUCUAUGAUAUUGGUAAUAAUGGAGUACACUUUUGUUUUUGUUGAAAUUAUGUAACCUUGUGCAUUUUUGUUUAUCCUUGUCCAAUGUAAUCGUCAUAUUAUUCUUCAUUUUAGUAGGUUUUAUGGGAAAAAUAUCACCUAAAUUGGCCCUGUAAUGAAAAUUUAUGAUCAGAUUCAAAGUUUUAGCUGUUGUGCUUGCACAGAUGUUCAAGUUGAAAAAUCUAGUCUCUAUACGAACAA